CCCGGACCCGGAGCGCCGCUGCCCCGCUGACUCCGCCGCUCGGCCGCCGCCCAGCGCCGCUUCACCGUGUGGAGGCCUGCUGGAGUGGAUGUUGCUGCCAUGGGCAGUAAGACGUUACCUGCGCCGGUCCCUUUACAUCCGUCCUUUCAGCUGGCCAACUGCUCGCUCAUUCAGAGCUCUACAGGUCUCCAUCUGCCUGCUGAUUAUUUCCCCAACAUCUACAGCUUCAGUGCCCUGCAUGCCAUCCACCUGCACCAGUGGACCCUCGCCUACCCCCACCUGACCUUGGCCCGCGGCGCAAUCUCUAAGCUGCCACCCCAGUUCUCGGGCAUGGCGUCCAUACCCCUCUUCCCCCAGCUCCUGCAGCCCAAGCAGGACUCAGCAGGACUUCUGCAGACCUCCAAGAACAAGCCUCGCUUUGACUUUGCCAACCUGGCAGUGGCGGCCACUCAGGAGGACCAUCUGAAGGUGGAGGACCUGAGCGUGGGCGGUGCUGCCGCUGCAGUGCAGGUUUCAUCUCAACAUCUGAGCACGGCCGGCUUGGGUUGUCUGCUGGACGUCACCAAACUGCCCUCAGCAGAGCGCAAGUCCACCCGGGGCCGACUGCCCUCCAAGACCAAGAAGGAAUUUAUCUGCAAGUUCUGUGGCCGACAUUUUACCAAAUCCUACAACCUUCUGAUUCAUGAGCGAACACACACAGACGAGAGGCCGUACACCUGUGAUAUCUGCCACAAGGCCUUCAGAAGACAGGACCACCUCAGGGACCACAGGUACAUCCAUUCUAAAGAAAAACCCUUCAAGUGCCAGGAGUGUGGGAAAGGCUUCUGUCAGUCCAGGACUCUGGCCGUCCACAAAACGCUUCACCUGCAGGUCAACCAACUCAAACCAUCCAAGAUCAAGUGAUCCGGCUGCUCUGUCAGCUGGGACAGAGACCCUGGAACACCAGGGUUCUCCCAGCCCGGGACAGGAGCACUGCAGUCCAGGCCGGAAGAAAUCUUUCAUGGUUUUUUUAUUUUUUUAUAAGAAAUAAGCAAGAAGAAAGGGAUUGUGGAGAUUUAUGAAAUAAGAAUGGGACCUUUCAAAAUCUUUUGUAUGGAAAUGUUCAUUAUUCCAAAGCGGUGGGAUCCUCGGUUGGAGUACUGACUCUGUGGAGUUUGCAUGUUCUCCCUGUGUGGACGUUUCUCCCACAGUCAGCAAACAGGCAUUUGAGGUGAAAAGUUUGCUGACCCUGAAGUGCCUGUAUAUUCAGUAACACAUUCCCAAUAUGAUAUUUGUACAAAUGCUGUAACCAAAUUACAUUUUUUGCACUUUAUCCUGAUUAUGAAUUAUUUGCAUUUAUCACUGGAUCACUCAAACCUAUUUUCAAAAUGAAUAAUAGUUUCUAAAUAAAUCAUUUUACUCU